GGGAUAAAAUCAAUCAUAACAUAGUAAAACAUAAACAGAGGACAGGAGGUCUGUGCCAGUCUCAGUCACUCUCUCUAAUUCCCGUUUUCAAGUUCAAUUUUGUAACCAAUGGCGGCGCUUCUUCUUGAAUUGCCUCCUCCUCCAUUCUUGAACUGUAACCACCACCAUUUUCUCUCCUCCUCCAAAACUUCUCUAAGACCACCACCAACAUUCACUCCCAUUGCCACUUCUUGCUUUCUUUCAACUGUUACUUCUUCAUCAAUCUCAAAAGAAGAAAAAGAAAAAGAACCCCACUCCACUGCUGUAGCAAGUAACAAUGCUCCUGAUGAGGGGUCCCAGCAGGGUCGCCGCAAAGUAGUUCAAAUUGCGUGGGAGAAGCUUGUCCGUUGGUCCCGCUCCUGGCGCUCCAAGAACAACAAGACUGACCUUCUUGAACGCACUAACAAGGUGGUAGUGCUUGGUGGAGGAUCUUUUGGUACAGCAAUGGCUGCCCAUGUUGCUUACAGAAAGUCUAGUUUGGAAGUUCAAAUGCUUCUGCGUGACCCUUUACUCUGUCAGUCUAUAAAUGAAAAUCAUUUUAAUUGCAAGUACUUCCCGGAACAUAAACUGCCCGAUAAUGUAAUUGCCACCACCGAUGCAAAAGCUGCUUUGCUUGAUGCAGACUUUUGCCUUCAUGCUGUGCCUGUGCAGUUUAGUUCAUCAUUUCUUGAGGGCAUUGCAGAAUAUGUUGAUCCUGGCUUGCCUUUCAUAUCCCUCAGUAAAGGCUUGGAACUUAAUACAUUGAGGAUGAUGUCUCAGAUUAUUCCUCAAGCAUUGGGGAAUCCUUACCAACCUUUUGUUUUGCUAUCCGGGCCUUCUUUUGCUCUGGAAUUGAUGAACAAGUUACCGACAGCAAUGGUGGUGGCAUCGAAGGACAAGAAAUUGGCACAUGCUACUCAGCAGCUAUUAGCUUCAUCUCACUUGAGAAUCAGCACUUCAAGGGAUGUUACAGGGGUAGAAAUUGCAGGGGCACUAAAAAAUGUACUUGCCAUAGCCGCUGGAAUUGUUGAAGGAAUGAAUCUUGGCAAUAACUCUAUGGCAGCUCUAGUUGCGCAAGGUUGUUCAGAGAUCCGAUGGCUAGCUACAAAGAUGGGUGCCAAACCUUCAACAAUUACUGGUCUGUCAGGAACAGGAGACAUUAUGCUUACUUGCUUUGUCAAUCUCUCAAGAAACAGAACAGUUGGAGUACGGCUUGGAUCUGGGGAGAAGCUUGAUGAUAUACUGAGUUCUAUGAAUCAGGUGGCAGAAGGUGUGUCAACAGCUGGAGCAGUGAUUGCAUUGGCCCAGAAAUAUAAUGUUAAGAUGCCAGUAUUAACAGCAGUGGCUCGGAUCAUAGAUAAUGAAUUGACUCCGAAGAAAGCUGUUCUUGAGUUGAUGAGUCUCCCUCAGGUUGAGGAAGUAUGAGAUGGCGCACUUUGUCCUGAUGAAUGAUGAUCAUGCAAUAUAAUUUCAUUACAAGAACAAUUUCGUGCAGAAGUUAGCCUAGUCAAAUUCUUUUUCCCCCAUGGCACUUUCUGAAUCUUGGGGAUCAUAGAUACCACAACUAAUUUCGUCUUCAUAGCUGGUUUCCAUGUGCCACAAAGACAUGGCUUGUCACUUCAGAAUUCAGAUCAUUUAUCUCAUAUCAUAUUCCUGAUCUAUGAAAUAGAGUAUGUACAUUUAGAUGUUUGUUACAGUGACUUGAAAGUCAUAAUACGUUAACAAGAGCCUGUGCUUUCUAGUUUGUCAUGCAAAAUCCCUUCUGUAAUUCUACCUCAUACUUGUUCUGUGACAUAUACUUAAAAUUCUUAUAUUCGUUUUUUUUU